GUGUUUGGUAACCCUUAAACGGCUGGAGAAAAGUCCCCCAUUAUUGUGUUUACUCUGAUCUGGGCGCCCAGACUUCUGGUCCCCGAGCCUACAAACUAGCCAGCCCUGGGGAACGGAGAUGCAGGGCAGAGAGGGACGAGGAGCGUUCAUUUGCGGAAAACAUUGGGAAGCCAGAAGCCGGGCUAGACCCUCUGAGGAGUGGUGCCUACUAAGGGCUUAGUGAACCCGCAAGGUGGAGCGAAAGAGAAGCCGGCUACCCCUCAGGCCCCACCCCCACCCUUCCAGAGCCCAAAGAAAUACCGAAAGAAACAAACUCAUCGAUAAAUGGGAAACGGGGGAAAGGCCCGGGGCAGGGCGGGAGGAGGGAACGGCUUCCAAAGAAACUGCCACAUUCCGGCUCCCCGGAGGAGCCGGGUCAUCAGACGCGCUCCUCUGCUUAAGCCAGCCUCCCGCAAACAUGCUCCUCUUUAACUCUGGGCCUUGGGGAGCCCAGAGUGCCUGAAGCCAAUGAAGCAGGGGCCCCAGCAGUGACGCUGCAGAGCCGUGAGCAUCCCCAGAGGUAAGACGAAAGCAGCUCCUGGGGCCGCCGGCCAGCUUCGGGCAGACCUAGGCGCGAAGUGCUCGUAGCAAGGCCGUGCCGCGCCCCUCGGCCUUGCCGGCUGAAGAGAGCCCCACCGACCCCUGCGGCUACAGAAAAAGACCCUGCAGUGGGGACUCCGCCCAGUGCUCGUUCGGGCUAGCUGGUCAACCUCGGCUUCUUUCCAGAAAAGCGGCAAGAGGAAAGUUCCCGUGGCCUAUUCUGGCUGGGGUCGUGAGACGAGAGGCAGCGCCAGGGGCCUCCCCUUCCAUCCGUGCCCUCCAGUCAUGGCCACUCUGGUGAUGUCCCGGGAGGAGAAGCUGAGCCAGGAUGAGAUCGUGCUGGGCACCAAGGCCGUCAUCCAGGGGCUGGAGACCCUGAGGGGCGAGCACCGGGCUCUGCUGGCGUCCCUGCUGGAGAAUGUGGCUGGGAGGGAGGAGGCGGAGCCCGGAGCCCAGGAACGCUCGGGGCUCCUACGCCGAUCCCUGGAGGCCAUCGAGCUGGGACUUGGGGAGGCUCAGGUGAUCCUGGCACUCUCUGGCCACCUCGGGGCAGUGGAGUCGGAGAAACAAAAGCUCAGGGCCCAGGUGCGACGCCUGGUGCAGGAGAACCAGUGGCUGCGGGAGGAGCUGGCCGGGACCCAGCAGAAGCUGCAGCGCAGUGAGCAGGCCGUGGUGCAGCUGGAGGAGGAAAAGCAGCAUCUGCUCUUCAUGAGCCAGAUCCGGAAACUGGAUGAGGACCCUUCCCCAAGUGAAGAGAAGGGAGAUGUUUCCAAGGAUUCCCUGGAUGACCUGUUCCCCAAUGAGGAUGAACAGAACCCAGCUCAGGGCCCUGGGGGAGGAGAUGCAGCUGCCCAACAUGGAGGCUAUGAGAUACCAGCCCGGCUCAGGACCUUGCACAACUUGGUGAUUCAGUACGCUUCUCAGGGGCGCUAUGAGGUGGCUGUGCCCCUCUGUAAGCAGGCCCUGGAGGACCUGGAGAAAACCUCAGGCCAUGACCAUCCUGAUGUGGCCACCAUGCUGAACAUCUUGGCUCUUGUUUACCGAGAUCAGAAUAAAUACAAAGAAGCUGCGCACUUGCUCAAUGAUGCCCUAGCUAUCCGGGAGAAGACCUUGGGGAAGGACCAUCCAGCUGUGGCAGCUACUUUGAACAACUUGGCAGUUCUGUAUGGCAAAAGGGGCAAGUACAAGGAAGCAGAACCCUUGUGUAAACGAGCCCUGGAGAUCCGAGAGAAGGUGUUGGGCAAAUUCCACCCUGAUGUGGCCAAGCAGUUGAAUAACCUGGCCCUGCUGUGUCAGAACCAGGGCAAGGCAGAAGAGGUGGAGUACUACUACCGGCGAGCUUUGGAGAUCUAUGAGGCUCGGCUGGGCCCAGAUGACCCCAACGUGGCCAAGACCAAGAACAACUUGGCCUCUUGCUAUCUGAAGCAGGGGAAAUACCAAGAUGCAGAAACACUCUAUAAGGAGAUCCUGACCCGUGCCCAUGAGAAGGAGUUUGGCUCAGUCAAUGGGGACAACAAGCCCAUCUGGAUGCAUGCUGAAGAACGAGAGGAGAGCAAGGAUAAGCGCCGAGAUACCACCCCUUAUGGAGAAUAUGGCAGUUGGUAUAAGGCUUGUAAAGUGGAUAGCCCCACAGUGAACACCACACUUCGGAGCCUAGGGGCACUCUACCGACGGCAGGGGAAGAUGGAGGCAGCUCACACCCUGGAGGACUGUGCCAGUCGAAGUAGAAAGCAGGGCCUGGAUGCUGCAAGCCAGACCAAGGUGGUGGAACUGCUGAAAGAUGGCAGCAGUGGGCGAGGUGAUCGCCGGAGCAGCCGAGAGGGCCCCGGAGGGGCUGGAUCUCGAACUGAACUGGAGCCAGAGGAUUCGGGGCCCACAGCUGAGUGGUCUGGGGAUGGCAGUGGUUCUCUCCGGAGAAGUGGCUCCUUUGGGAAACUCCGAGAUGCCCUGAGGCGAAGCAGUGAGAUGCUCGUGAAGAAGCUUCAGGGGGGAGGCCCCCAAGAGCCUCCCAACCCCCGGAUGAAACGGGCCAGUUCCCUCAACUUCCUCAAUAAGGGCACAGAGGAAACCAACCAGUCCAGCAACACCAACUUGUCCGACAGUCGCAUGCUCAGUUCCAGCUCUCUUGACCUCUCCCGACGAAGCUCACUCAUUGGCUAAGAGGGAGGGGUGGAAAAGGGGCCUAACUUGGGACAUCCUCGGCCAGCCCCCAUCUGCUGUGCCCUCCCCGGCUGCUUGUCAUGUCCCACAGGAUGGGGGGGCUGCAGGGGGAGACCUGAGCAUCAGCUUUCUCUGGCCUGCUUCAGCCACCCUUCCCUGAAGGCUGUUUCCCACAGGCCCCUUCCCCAUCUUUUUUUGUUCGAUCUCAGGGUAACCUCUCCCCAUCAUUUCAGGCUUAGCAGCUCAAGGCUCACUCCACCCCCACCCCCACCCCCCACUCCCCAGUCUAGCACGGUUAGUCACCCAGCCUAGAAGUGUCAUGUUGUUGGAGUGUAGAGAGGAGCCAGGAUUUCCCCUGUGUAUUUAUUUCCCUCUUCCCUUCCCCUAGAGCCUCCUCAGGGCCCUGGCAGAACUUCCCAAAGCAGUCCCUGCCCCUGGCACUGGGAGGAUCUUCCCACCCUUCCUUGGGGGUCUCCCAAAAGGGAGAACAAGAACACUAAGGAUCUUCCUCCUCCCUUCCAUAGGCCUCUGCUUCUGUAUAUAGAGAAAUAAGUUAUUGGCCACCCCUUUCUUCCCCCUUGCACCCCCUGGCCAGUGAUGAGCCACUCUGCCCUGUCCAUGGUACCUCCUCUGGCCCUUCCCCUCUUCCCUUCCAGGGAUGCCACCCAGGCCUUAAUCCCUUGCAGACAAGGUCUCGGACACAUAGGUGCAGAAAUAUGCCCCUGUGCCCUUCCCAAACGAUUGAAGGCUGCCUUCUGGACCCUCACCCCACUCGGGUGUAGGACUGAGGCUCUGGCCCCUGGCUCCCAUCAGUGUUGGCAGCACCAAGUCCCUACUUUGUCUACAGUGGCCGACACUGCUCUCCAUUUUCCCAUUUUGGUUCCCCCGUGGCAGAGCCUGGGCCUUAACCGGGCUCCUCAGGAGCCACAUUCCAGGUACUGCCUAUUCCUUCCCUGCCUUCCACUGCCCCUCUCCCUCCGAGGUACCACCUGUUGAGCCAUUCCUUCCCCUCCUACACCUAUGGCUUCUGAGGCUUCCAAUUCCUCCUCCGUGGAGGGAGGGGACUGCACUCCCCUCCCUUAGCUGGGAGGGGGCCAGGGUGAGCUGGGGGACCCAUUUGCUUUGUUCAGAUGUUGCUGUAGAAAUAAAGACAGUUUGAAUCCAAA